AUGCCGUUCGUCGAGGAGCUCGGGGUGCCCCGGGCGCCGCUGCCUACCCCGGAAAGCACGCUUCGCGUCAUCGAAAUGAUUAGGCGGACCUGCGAGGAGAUGAUUAACCAAUGGAAAGCCGGUGAGCGCGAGAUCGACUCGAUCGAAUUCAUGCUCGACGGUAUCGUGGAGGCCGCCGAAUUCGAUAUCUUCGCCUGGGCCCCCGUCAUGACGGGACUGCGAUUGGCGGUAUCGGAGCUGGGGAAGGGACAGCUGGACGCGCUAUCCCAGACAAUGAACGUGCGGUUCCGGCGUCGUGCGGACAGCGACGAUGGUCUCUGCGUUGUCGCCACCCUUCGCUUUUCGAUUAUAUUGGCCGGAUGCAGCUAUGCGUUCCGCAGCACGCGCACCCCUGCCCAGGAGAUGGCCUACAUCAACGCCGGACUGAGCCUCACCGACACGAUGAAGGAGGUUGAGCGUGAGCGCGGCUGGUCCACGCGCAACACGCAUGAGAUGGGCGACGGCCGUCUCUCCCUCGUCGAGUACAACCUCACCCCGCAGGCGCAGGAACAGGUCAACGCGAAGAGGCUUAUCCUCAACAACGCCCUCAGCGCGUUCAUCAACGCCUACGGCGACAUUCCGCGCCGAGAGCUGGCCCUGGACAUGCACGUCCGUACCGGCUACAUCGUCAUCGACAGGUUCAAGGCGCUGCCCAUGGAGCUGCAACAAAUGAUUGGGGUCGAA